AUGAGCACUAGAAGAAAUAUCUAUCCUUCCUUCGACGACUGUCAACCUGACAGCAUCCAAGUCAAGAACACUGAUAGUGAUAACGAAAGAGAACUUGAUACUCCACCAAUGGCUUCCAACAUCAAUGAAUUAAAUCAAAGAGUUGAGUUAAUUGAAUCGAAUGUUGCAUCCGGAUUUGAACGACUAGCACGAAUGCUUGAAAGUGUAUUAACUCGUAAUGAACGGCCGGAAAUCGGUUAUCGAAGGUCACAACAUGAAUGUGAUAUCAUCACACUAACAGC